AUGGCGCGAACGAGUACGAAAUGGAGUAACAGGCGGGCGGCCGUAUUGGCAACAAUGUUCGCGGUCGGCGUUUUAGGUGACAACAUUUUGACCACCAGCAGUUUCAGCAACUGUGACACGAACACAAGCAUUUCAGUAAACAACGUGGAGAUUUCAUACAACCAAAACAACCAGACCGUGACAUUCGACGUAUCGGGAACCAGCAGCAAAGUACAGAAUGUCUCAGCAACGAUGAAGGUCACUGCUUAUGGCCAAGAUGUGUACACGAACAGCUUCAACCCCUGUGAAACCUCAACAUAUGUUGAGCAAUUAUGUCCCGUCCCCGCAGGAACCUUUGGUGCGAGAGGCAGUCAAGCCAUUCCCUCCGAGUACGCAGACAAGAUUCCUGCCAUCGCCUUUUCCGUCCCGGAUAUUGCAGCCGCAGCUAAGUUGACGCUUACGUCCCUGGACGACGGGUCAGAAGUUGGUUGUGUCACUUCCCAGGUCACCAAUGGCAAAACAGCAAGCGUCGCCGCAGUUUCCUACAUCAUGGCCGGAGUGGCAGGUGUAGCACUGAUCGCAUCGGGUGUCGCAGCCCUGGGUUCGGCAGUCGGUGCAGGUGCAGGCGCCGGAGCUGGAGGCGCUGCGCCGAGUCCCAGCUUUGGGGAGGUAAUCGGCGUUUUCCAAGGAUUCGCCAUCAACUCAAUGCACUCGGUCAAUUAUCCUCAGGUCUACAGGUCAUUUGCAAAGAACUUCGCAUUCUCCACAGGUAUCAUCCCUUGGGCAUCCUUGGAGAGGUCGAUUGAUUCCUUCCGAAACGUGACGGGUGGAAACUUGACCGAGGCCAGCUUCGAUUACCUACAGAAUGCCACUUUGGUCUACAGUGAUGGCAGCACGUCUACUCCUGACAAAACACUCUUUAAGCGCACGAUGGACGAGUUUGCGCUUACCAUUCGAGAGCUCGAGACUUCCAUCGACACAUCUGCCACGACUACCGACAAUUCUACAAGUACCGAGUCUACUCUUCGAACUGCCGUCUCCGGUAUUGAGGGCUAUGUGGAGCAAUUGGCCGUCCCUCAAGCCAACACCUACAUGACGGUUCUUCUCAUUGUCGCGAUUCUCAUUGCUGUGAUAAUUGUUGGUAUCCUGCUUGUCAAGGUCAUUCUCGAGACCUGGGCCCUCUUUGGAAGUUUCCCUAAGUCUUGGACUGGUUUUCGCAAGCACUAUUGGGGUUCCAUUACCCGCGCAAUCACACAUUUGAUCCUCAUACUCUACGGAGUCUGGGUGCUGAUCAGCUUGUAUCAAUUCACAAAGGGCGAUUCAUGGGCUGCAAAGACUUUGGCUGGUGUGACGCUCGGUCUUUUCACUGCUCUUUUGGCAUUCUUCGCCUACAAGAUUUGGAGUACUGCCCGAAAAUUGAAGAAUGCGGAGGGUGAUGCUCACGGUCUGUACGAUGACAAGAGCAUCUGGGUCAAGUACAGCUUGUUCUACGAGUCAUACAAGAAGGAUUAUUGGUGGAUAUUUGUGCCCGUCAUCCUGUACUUGUUCGCCAAAGGUUGUGCCCUCGCCAUCCUCGAUGGUAAAGGCAUGGCACAGACAAUUGCUCAGAUCGUCAUUGAGACCCUCAUGCUGGGUCUCCUACUUUGGGCCCGCCCCUUUGAGCGCAAGUCCUCCAACUGGGUCAACAUCUCUAUACAGGUCGUGCGCGUGCUUUCUGUAGUUUGUGUCUUGAUCUUUGUGGAGGAGCUUGGUAUUUCGCAGACCACUCAGACCGUUGCUGGCGUUGUCUUGAUCGCCAUCCAAGCUGCUUUGGCGGGCAUAUUGGCGAUUCUCAUCGCCUGGAACGCCAUCUCGUCUUGCAUCAAGGUGAACCCACAUCGCAAGCGCAGAAAGGAAAUGGAGAAAAUGCAGCGUGACAUGGAUACUCUGACCCCACUGGACGCGCGCAACUCCCUGCUAUUGGAUCAUGUUAAGACCAAGGAGGGCGCCAGCAGUACUACUUUCUCACUUGCUGAUAACAUUCAGGAGAGCAAGCAGCCGCUUACGCGGGGCCAGUCGCCAGAGAGAUACCCGGGAUCGACUUUGGAACCUUCGAACCCCUACUCCAUGGCCACGUACAACCGACCACUGACACCCAGUCAGCCAUUCGGCGCUGAUCAGAGUGGCGACCGGCUUCUAGGCGGUGCUGCGCCCAUGGCCAGGCAGCCAACCGUGCCAAGUGUAACUGGCUACGGUUAUAAUGGUUACCGACAGCCCGGCGGUUACUGA